CACACGUGGGAAAUGUGUAUGUGUGUAUUUGAGUUUAACACACUUGUUAUGGUAAACCCAGCAUCAUGUCAUCCAGUAAGAAAAGCAAAGGGAAAAAGCGGAUGAGUGAAGGAGAAACGGAGAAAGCCGGUGAUGAAGCGGAGGGAAACGGCGGACUGACGGUUACAGACUUCAUAGACAGAGCGGAAGAUAAAUCUCCUGCACGCUGGCGCUCGUAUCUGGCUCAGAUGAGUGUGAACACCAUGAAGAACCUCAACAUCUGCAUCGGGCGCCCAGUGCUCAUCUCCAGCAGUAAUGGACGGCAGGAGGUGUGUGUGGCGUGGCCGGUGUGUCAGUUUCCCUCUCGGCGUGUGGGUCUGCAGUCUAGUGUCCAGCAGAGUCUGUGUGUGUGUGCUGGAGCUGCUGUCAGUCUGCUGCCCAUCACUGGAGCCCUGCUGCAGGCCACACACAUACAGCUCAGACUCAGCUGUAAAAUGAUGAAUAUUUGUGGUGUGGAUGGAGAAACUCAGUGUUCAGACGGAGUCGCUCGAGAUCUGUCCUCACAGCUCCAGCAGCUCUCCAUCAGCACAACUCAACAUGAUGACCUUUCACCUCUGACCCCUUCUACACCUGGAGAUCUGAGCGAUUCGUCCUUUACCUCUGCUGGGUCUCCAUCUGCGGGAGGCCGGUCCGCCGCCGGCUCCUUCUACAGCGUCUGCAGCUCCACCAAUCUGAGCCUGUCUGAGGUUGACCUGCGGGACGAGCAGGAUCAGGGGUCAAAGGUCACCUACAGUAUGAUCGGAGGCCUCAGAGGUCAGCUGGAGGUCAUCAGAGAGACCAUCGAACUGCCGCUUAAACACCCAGAACUCUUCAAGAGCUACGGAAUCCCGCCGCCUCGAGGAGUGCUGCUGUAUGGGCCGCCUGGCACAGGCAAGACUCUGAUUGGUCGAGCCGUAGCCAAUGAAGUCGGAGCUCACAUGAGUGUCAUCAACGGCCCUGAGAUCAUGAGCAAGUUUUAUGGAGAAACUGAAGCCAGACUGAGGCAGAUCUUCACUGAGGCGGCACAGAGGCAGCCGUCCAUCAUCUUCAUCGAUGAGUUGGAUGCUCUGUGUCCUAAAAGAGAAGGAGCUCAGAAUGAGGUGGAGAAGCGGGUGGUGGCCACGCUGCUCACACUCAUGGACGGCAUCGGAUCGGAGGGUCACAGUGGGCAGCUGCUGGUUCUGGGAGCCACCAAUCGUCCUCACGCUCUGGAUCCUGCGCUGCGGAGACCCGGACGCUUCGAUAAGGAGCUGGAGAUCGGCGUUCCUAAUGUGGACGGGCGGAGGGAUAUCCUGCAGACGCUGUUGCGCUCCGUGCCAUGCGACGCCACACAUGAGGAGCUGCAGGAGCUGGCAGAUGCAGCACACGGGUACGUGGGAGCAGACCUCGCUGCCGUCUGCAAAGAAGCCGGUCUUCACGCUCUCAGGAGGGUUUUAGGCUCCAGAUCCGCUCUCUCUGAUGUUCAGGUGAUGGACAAGGUGAAGGUCAUGACCUCUGACCUCAGGCUGGCCAUGACAGAGGUCAAACCCAGCGCAAUGAGAGAGGUGGCCAUCGACGUGCCAAAGGUGAAGUGGAGUGAUAUUGGUGGUCUGGAGCAGGUGAAGCAGGCGCUGAAGCAGGCAGUGGAGUGGCCUCUCCGUCACCCAGAGGUCUUCACCCGCUUGGGAAUCACGCCCCCUAAAGGGGUGCUGCUGUACGGACCGCCGGGAUGCUCCAAAACCAUGAUCGCUAAAGCACUGGCCAACGAGAGCCAGCUCAACUUCCUCUCCAUCAAGGGUCCAGAGUUACUGAGUAAAUAUGUGGGAGAAUCGGAGCGAGCGGUUCGAGAGGUCUUCCGGAAGGCCAGAACUGUUGCUCCGUCAAUCGUUUUCUUUGACGAGAUCGACGCUUUAGCAGUGGCAAGAGGAAGGUAA